CCCCACCUCCUCAGUUCAGUCCUCUUCACCCACUGCCCAGUCCAAGCCCGUCCAAAUCCCCGCUCCAGCGGCGAGCGAGCGAGAGAGGAUGCCCGCCGCCAUGCCCACCCUGCUCUUCCUCCUCCUCCUCUUCCUCUCCCUCGCCGCCACCUCUACCUGCUCCCACUCCCAGACCCAGUCACAGGUCCCGGACGCGGAGCCGCAGCAGGCGGUGGAGAUGGUGCCGAUGGCCACGGCGGCCGGGUCCGGCUACAGCGGCGUGGUCCUGAACGAGACGCGGCGGCGGCUGGGCCGCUUCCAGCUCUGCGCGCCCUGCACCUGCUGCGGCGGGCCCAGGGGCGUCUGCGUCCUCGCCCCGUGCUGCUACGCCAUCAACUGCAACAUCCCCAACCGCCCCUUCGGCUUCUGCUCAUUCACGCCCAAGGCCUGCAGCUGCUUCGGAUGCAACAUCUGAAUUCGCCAUCCCGCGGGAAGCAGUGUGAGGGGUGGAGGGUACCAAAAGGACAUAUGAUUCCCCCGCCCCGGCGCCUGGUUAAGCUGCUGCCGAGUAUUUGUUAUUGUUUCUAGCUAUAUUUUGCUACGAAUUCGUUAUUUAUAGUAUAAUUGUGUAGUUGUUGUUGCUACGGUUGAAUUGGUUAACAGAGAGAGGGGGUCAAUUCGGAUGUUGGCGGUUCUAGGGUUGUGUUGUGGCAACAUUACAGUCUUCUUUUCUCGUGUUUGUGUUACCAUUCUGCUUUUAUGGAUAGAUUAGUGUUUUUUACUCCA